AGGGCAUGUGUGUUCACUAUUUUCGAUUUCGCCUGCUAAUGGCACUGCGGCUGAUGAGGAGAAUGAGGGCAUUAGGGACGAUGCGGACUGUGAAGACUCUCCUGUGAGUUCCGGCUCCACUGGAGCUGAUGAGGACCGUGAAGACUCUCCUGUGAGUUCCGGCUCCACUGGAGCUGAUGAGGACCGUGAAGGCUCCAAUACAUCAAAGAACGAAGAUGACCAGGAAAAGGCUAAGGAAGAUGCUAGUAGGGAGGACUCUGUUGCUGAGGAGGAUGAGAAGGCUAAGGAAGGUGGUGACCAAGCAAAGAAGAAUAGGAAGAGGAAGCUGCAUGACGUUGGUAAGAGCACAACAGUAAAGACACCAAUCAAUAUGCGUGGCCGUAGGAGGAUGGUUCCGAAGAGUGCCGUUGCUUUUGUGGUAGAUAAGCCAUUGUCUUAUGAAGAGUCCCAGAAUCUCUGUCAACAUAUCCUUCAGAAACACAAUGAUGAAGUGGCGUUUACUGUGGGCGGGACUCAGAUGACGGGGGCUGAGCUGUUGAAGUGUAAAGAUGAUGCUGAGAGUUCCCUGAAUAUUGUCGAUCCUUUCAUCGAAUACCUCAAGUGUGAUGAUAAGAAGAACGGCAUCAAGAGAAUCAUUCUCCAACGACAACAUCAGGUAUUGGAAGAAGAACUUGUGCAAGUCAUUACGAAAGAGAUCGGGAGCAGCGAAAAAAAAGGAGCGAACAUAGAACAGAGAUUCCUAUUUUGUCCUAUGACUCGAGAACAAGAAUGCAUUGUGCUUUGUGUCGACACCUCGAUAAAUAACCAGGUCAUUGCCUUUCUUUCCAAUGACACGGGAAUAAGCGGAGGUCAGGUUGAAACCAUCGGUAAAUCAUUCCAGGAGAAGGUAGAGAAAGCCUGUCAGACUUGUGGCUACGUCUCGCCUUUUCCCAACAGCUCCAGUGUGAGGAUUUCAAGUGUUUCUCUCGAAGCUCGUCACUCAGAUAGUUCAUUUGCAUCUAUGCUUUGCAUUGAGGAGUACGAUGGAAAAAAGAUGCCCACAAACUUCAAAAACCCGGAUAAGGCUGAGGAAGAGAAGGUAUGGUUCCUGGGGAACCUUCUUAUGCACGAGAAGAAUACUGCACUGCCUGAAGAGAUUAGGGAAAUGGUGCGAAACGGUGUGUUCAAAAAGCAAAAAAGGCGCUGACUGUAGGUGCUGCUGUUAUAGGCAGCACUGUAUUCUCCUUCUUCUUCGCGAAUGAGAGGAAAAAACAGCUGCAAAAACAAACAUGUGUUAGAAUGUUGCAUUAUCAUUGAGUGUCAUUCAAAUACUGGACCACUUACGAAUUUCUGAGAUACUGAUCUUUCAUUUA